GUCUAAUAGCUAAAGUAGUUGCCACAGCAUUAGUGCUAUGUUGCGGAGGCUGAGAAUGGAUGCUGAAGAGCAGGCUAGCAUAUAAAGAAAUCCCUUCUUGUGCAACAUGAAGAAGGCGUAUUUCUGGUGGUUACUAAAGUUGGUGCUGCACAUAAGGAAGCAUUAUUCGAAAACCCUGCUCCUGCCAAAGCACAGCAAGAGGACUCAGAAUGAUGUAUGGAAUGAAGUGGUGGUUUCUUGCACUUGCUUGCCUAUUUGGUAUCCUAGAAGACUUGAGUAGGAGAGGAAGAGUUGCAAAUCCUGAAGUUCACAUGAAUGUCAGUGAGCAGAUUUCCUACAAUGGAUACCCCAGUGAAGAGUAUGAAGUGUUAACAGAUGAUGGCUAUUAUUUGACAAUUAACAGAAUACCCUUUGGGCAAAAAAAUCUUCCACUGGGAGGUCCCAAGGCUGUUGUGUUGCUGCAACAUGGAUUGUUUUCAGAAGCUAGCUUCUGGGUUGAAAAUAUGGCCAACAACAGCUUCGGAUUCAUAUUAGCAGAUGCUGGCUAUGAUGUUUGGCUGGGGAACAGCAGAGGAUCAAGCUGGUCUCAGAGACACCAGCAUUUGUCAACGGACCAAGAUGAAUUUUGGGAUUUCAGUUUCCAUGAAUUCGGCAUGUAUGACCUUCCAGCAGUGAUCAACUUUAUUUUGAAGAAAACUGGGCAGAAGCAACUGUAUUAUAUAGGCCACUCUGAAGGCGCUACCAUUGGCCUCAUAGCAUUUUCAGCCAUACCAGAGCUGUCUCAAAAAAUCAAAACAUUCUUUGCCCUGGCUCCUGUGAUUUCUCUUAGAUAUGCAACAAGCCUUCCUUUCAAAUUUGAUGUCCUACUUCCUGAAUACUCAUCCAAGGGGCUGCUUGUCAGAGGAGAAUUUUACGUGGUUCGAAAGGCUCUGAAAUACUUGAUCAACACAUUAUGCAGUGUUGCGCUCCUGGAGACGGGCUGUGCAUAUACCGUUUUCCUUCCAGGUGGAGUCAAUUUAACAAAUAUAAAUAUGAGUCGACUGAAUGUAUAUGCAGCUCACUUUCCAGAUCGAACAUCAGCUAAAAACAUUGUACACUGGAAACAGCUAAGAGAAACGGGAAUAUUCAGGUGGUUUGACUACGGGAAUGAGAAUCAGGCAAUAUAUAACCAGAGCUUUCCUCCCGAAUAUAAAAUAGAGGACAUGACUGUGCCAACUGCAGUGUGGUUUGGUGGGAAUGACAUAAUUGCAACCCCAGGAGAUAUAGACUUUUUACUUCCUCGUAUCACUAACCUGAUUUACUAUGAAAAUAUAUCACACUGGAACCACUGGGAUUUUCUCUGGGGCCUCAGUGCCCCCAGACUCAUGUACAGCAAAAUCAUAGAGUUGAUGGGGAAGUCUCUGUAAAUAAAUACUUUGCUAAAAUGGAUUUAACUUCA